AUGGAAGCGACAAGGGUGGAGGAAGGGAAGGGGGAGACCUACGGAUGGCCACGCGAUAUGCGUGCGUGCCUUGGCUCUUUUCGCCGCAAAUACCACCGUGGCUCGGUUGAAGUUACUGUCAUGGAUGUGAUGAGAGUAACAGGAAUAGUAUGGAGGUACGUAACAUGGGUCGGUUCCUCUUGGGGAGGGGGGGGAGAUUUUUUUGCUCAAGCGAAUGACCAAGGCACUACCUGGUCUAAGUACUGGCCAGGACAGCGCACAGUGUAUCUUGGACCUGCACGCUCCGAACCAAAGCUGAAAAAGAGAAGAGGGAAAAAAGAUCGGAAAGGAAAAAGAGCGGUACACUAG